GAUAAUUGGGGAGAGAUGGAGUUGAGAGUUGAGACUGGAGACAAGGAAAACUCCCCCCAGUAACAUGAUGACACAGAUACAUGUCAAUAGUAGUAAGACUCUCAACUCUCUCAAGAGACAACACUCACAUGUUGACUAUAUUCGCCCACGUGCUUCACGCGCUCCAACCCCGGAUUAUCGUCCUUUCCCCAUUUCUUCCUCACACGUGCUUACUCUCUACUCGACUCUCGACUCUCUCUCUCUCUCUCUCCCUAAUCCUUAAAAACUCUAAAUAAUAAGUAACCAAAAAAACGAAAAAAAUCACAACACCAACAACAACCAGUAGAAACUCAACUCUCACCCUACCAAAACCAAAGGCUUCAACAACGACAUGACCACCAUAAACGACCUGCCGGACGCUAUUCUAAUCAACGCCUUCGCUUUGAUUUCCGACACUCGUACUCGGAACUCCCUGUCCUUAACGUGCCGCCGGUUCCUCCAAUUGGAGAGAACCACGCGCGUUUCCCUCACCCUCCGCGGCAACGCUCGGGACCUCUUCAUGAUCCCCCAGUGUUUCCGCUCCGUCACGCGCCUCGACCUCUCCUUGCUCUCCCCGUGGGGCCACGCGCUUCUGUUCUCCUCUUCCUGCGACCCCAAGCUCAUCGCUCACCACCUAAGACGCGCCUUCCCCUCAGUUACAUCCUUGACCGUCUAUUCCCGAUCGUCGUCGAUCUUAGAAGUGUUGAUUCCCCAAUGGCCUGGAUUGCGCCACGUCAAGCUCGUACGAUGGCAUCAACGGCCUCAAAUCCCUCUAGGAUCGGUCCGAUCCGACUUCACUCCAUUGUUCGAGCAAUGCUCCUCGUUGACCUCACUGGACCUAUCGGAAUUCUAUUACUGGACCGAAGAUCUCCCUCCGGUUCUCCAAGCCUAUCCAUCCACCUCAGCAUCGCUCACGAAGCUCAAUCUCCUAACCAAGUCCUUCUCCGAAGGAUUCAAAUCAAGCGAGAUCCAAGACAUCACAAAGGCUUGUCCAAACCUCACUCAUCUCCUCAUAGCUUGUAUGUUUGAUCCCAGGUACGUUGGUUUUGUUGGGGAUGAGGCCUUGUUGUCUAUACCCAACAACUGUCCUAAACUCACUCUUCUCCACUUGGCUGACACCACGUCGUUGGGGAACACACGUGGGAACCCAAACCACGACGGUUAUACUUCUGAGGACGCUAGGAUUAGCCACGUCACGCUGCUGGAGUUUUUCUCUGGAUUGCCUUUGAUUGAAGAAUUGGUUCUUGAUGUUUGUAAGAAUGUGAGGGAUAGUGGGUUGGCUUUGGAAGUGUUGGGAUCUAAGUGUCCCAAGCUGAGGGUGUUGAAGUUGGGACAGUUUCAUAGUGUGUGUAUGGCUGUUGGGUCGAAUUUGGAUGGGGUUGCUUUGUGUGAAGGGCUUGAGUCGCUGUCUAUUAAGAACUCGGCGGAUUUGGAUGAUAUGCGGUUGAUUGAGAUCGGGAGGGGCUGUGGGAGAUUGAAGAGGUUUGAGGCGAUUGGGUGUAAGAGCAUUACUGUGAAGGGGGUGAGGACUUUGGCUUGUUUGCUAAGUAAGAGUUUGGUUGAGGUUAAAAUUUCUUGUUGUAUCAAUCUUGAUGCCGCAGCGACUUUGAGGGCGUUGGAGCCGCUUCGUGAUCGGAUUGAGCGACUGCAUAUCGAUUGCUUGUGGGGGAGCUUGGGGGAAGAAGGCGAGGGUACCGGGGAAGGUGUUUGUGAUUUUGUUCUCAAUGAGAUGGGUGAGUUACAGAAUGGUUAUGAGAUGGACUUCGAGGAUAUGAGGAAGAAGAAGAAAUGUAAGUACUCAUCGGAGGCAGAAGAGGAAGGGGAAGCCGAAUUGAAUUAUUUUUAUAUGGAAAGUAAUGGGAAUGGGUCUUGGUGCAAGAGCUGGGAGCGGCUGAGGUAUCUGUCUCUUUGGAUUGCUGUUGGCGAGCUUCUAACUCCGCUGCCAUCGGUUGGUCUGGAGGAUUGUCCUAACUUGGAGGAGAUUCGAAUACAGGUUGAAGGAGAUUGCAGGGAAAGGCACAGGCUGUCUGACCGCACCCUUGGGUUUGGGUUGAGCAUACUUGCACCGUACCCUCAGCUGUCUAAGAUGCAGUUAGAUUGUAGUGAUGCAAUAGGAUUUGCACUGACCGCACCUUCGGGGCAAAUGGAUUUGAGCUUGUGGGAGAGGUUUUUCCUGACUGGUAUUGGGGAUUUGAGCCUCAACGAGCUUGACUAUUGGCCACCGCAAGACCAGGAUGUUAAUCAAAGGAGUCUGUCACUCCCAGCAGCUGGUUUGCUUGCAGAAUGCCAUUCCCUAAGGAAGCUUUUCAUCCAUGGGACAGCUCAUGAGCAUUUCAUGAACUUCCUGCUAGGGAUAACUAAUCUAAGGGAUGUGCAGCUGCGAGAGGAUUACUAUCCGGCACCAGAAAAUGACAUGAGUACAGAAAUGAGGGUGGACUCGUGCUGUCGCUUUGAAGAUGCAUUGAAUAGACGUCCGAUCCCUGAUUGAAAUGAGUCAUUGCCAAUCCAUGAUGAUCAAGAGAAGACCCCCAGUUGAGGAAACCAAUCUCUAGGCGCAGCAUGCACGACAGUAUCAAGUUUCAAAAUCACGUUUUUGUUGUCUUUAAACUUUGGCUUUUAUAUGGUCACUUUCGAGUAAGAUACCAAGAAUGUUCAAAAAAAAUAAAUCCAUUUCAUAUGCA